AUGGGCUCACGUGAAAAAGCUCUUGCUGCUCUUAACAAUCUUGAAUCUGAAUUUAAGGGUAUAGUUUUGAAGCUUAACUGUGCUAAGCCGAAGAAGAAGAAACCUUCAUCUUUGCUGCAGCCCAAGCCACUGCCAGUACGCAAUUUGUUUGUCGCGAAUUUGUCGUAUCAGGCGAGGGCGAAAGACCUUAUGGAUUUCUUUAAUGCCGACGGUGCAAAUGUUGUUUCCGCUGAAGUCAUAUUUCAGGAUAAUCCUAGACGAUCCGCCGGUAAUGGAGUGAAUGAGAUGAAGGUGAUGCGAAAAACUUCUGAGCUGGUCUUGACUUGUAGGAGUUUAUGGGGAGAGCGAGAAAGUAGAACAUUUUUGAGGCAGGAGACAAAGUCCGCAAUUCAAUCAGAGAGGGCUGAAGUGAAUUGA